UAAAAAGAAAAGAAAAAAAAACUCACAAGCGCACGGCGGGCCGGCGGCACGGGACACGGCUACGGCAGAAAAGUUAGCAACAACAAACCAGCGGAGCUCGAAAUCGAAUUCCCCAAUCCCCGCCUUCCUCGGUUCCCUCACCGCGAACCCUAACCCUAGUCCACCCCGCUCCCAUGGACGAGGAUGCUGGCGGCGCCUCGCCGCCGCCGGUGCCACUGGCUCACGUGCCCCCUCUUCAGCAACCCACCACCGCCGCCCCCUCGCAUCGGGACAUGGCGGCGUCCCCCACCAGCUCGCGCUCCGUGACGGAGACGGUGAACGGCUCCCACCGCUUCGUGAUCCAGGGCUACUCGCUCGCCAAGGGCAUGGGCGUGGGGAAGCACAUCGCCAGCGAGACCUUCUCCGUGGGCGGAUACCAGUGGGCGGUCUACUUCUACCCCGACGGGAAGAACCCCGAGGACAACUCCGUCUACGUCUCCGUCUUCAUCGCCCUCGCUUCCGAUGGCACCGACGUGCGUGCCCUCUUCGAGCUCACGCUCCUUGAUCAGAGCGGCAAGGGCAAGCACAAGGUCCACUCCCACUUUGACCGCUCCAUGGAGUCCGGGCCGUACACCCUCAAGUACCGCGGAUCCAUGUGGGGUUACAAACGAUUCUUUCGGCGAACUGCCCUUGAAUUAUCAGACUAUCUCAAAGAUGAUUGUCUGAAAAUAAAUUGCACUGUGGGAGUUGUAGUGUCAACUAUCGAUUACUCCAUACCGCACUCUAUCCAUGUUCCAGACUCAGACAUCGGCUAUGAUUUUGGUUCACUGUUGGACAGUCAGGAGGGUGCUGAUGUCAUUCUUAAUGUGGGAGGAGAGAGGUUUCAUGCCCAUAAGUUAGUGUUGGCUGCACGGUCUCAUGUAUUCGGAUCUCAAUUUUUUGAUGAUGAAUCUGAUGGAGAGAAGAGUGAGGUUAAUGAGACUGAUGAACUAAAAGAGUUUUCUAUUGAUGAUAUGGAGCCAAAUGUUUUCAAGGCAAUGCUUCACUUCAUCUAUAGAGAUACCCUUGUUGAUGAUGAUGAGUUGGGCGCGUCAAGCUCUGAUGGUUCUAUCUUUGAUACUCCGGCAGCUAAGUUGUUGGCUGCAGCCGAUAAGUAUCACUUAGCAAGACUAAAGUCGCUAUGUGAAUCUUACCUGUGCAAGGGCAUAUCAGUGGCCUCAGUUGCGAGUACGUUAGCAUUGGCUGAUAGGCACCAUGCCAUGGAGCUUAAAGCUGUUUGCCUAAAAUUUGCUGCUGAAAAUCUUUCAGAUACCCUUAUGUGUCUGCAGCUGUAAUGCGGAGUGAGGGUUUCAUUUACCUCAAGGACAACUGCCCAUCUCUCCAGUCAGAGAUACUGAAAACUGUUGCAGGGUGUGAGGACCAGUGCAGCAGUGUUGGGAAGAGCCAGAGCGUUUGUGGGCAGCUCUCGGACGGUGGCGAUUCCAGUUGCCGCAGGGUUAGGCAAAGAACCUGAGGUCAACCCAGAACUGACAUGGUUAGCCAGCUCUUGCUCUGUAAAUGACGAUGGCAAUCAUCUGUAUGUGAAGAAAAAACAAUUUGAAGGAGCUGUAACUAGCUGUAUCUCAUCAUGCUCCUUACAUCUUACCUGCCGUCUUGUUUGUAACUAGUUGACUGUUUGGUCAUGAGCAGUUACUGAAUCGAUGUGUAGACAGCCCUGCAAAUGCUCACGAGUCAACGAUAAACAUGGUGGCCUUGUGUCUUGGCAACUGGUGUUUGCAGCAGGCGGGCCAGCAGCUGUCUGCUACUAAUAUGGAUCCGUUGAUUUUGUUGUAUUCUUCUUUCGACUGGAAGGUAUCAUAAGUCAAUUAGGAGGUGAUUCUUAUAUGUAUUCGUUAUGCUGCAAAAGUGAAGGUGACAAUAUUUUUGGUUUAUUGGCAAGUACAUGGAAUUUACAUUUUUGUUGAGAUGGUUCGUAGAUGGAGUAAUUUUGCUGUAAAGAUAUAGUGGUGACAAGUUUUUUUUGUUUGUUUGGAUUUUUUACAUUUCUGUUCGCAAGUAUCGUCAUCUGUCAAUGUUGAGAGGUGAUGAUAUAUAGGAUUGUCCUUUGGUGGCCUCCACGAGAGGUUUGUUUUUUUCCUUGUAUUUUGGACCGUUUUUUCUUUUAUUAAUAUAAUGAUAUGUUCAAGGAAUGAUAA